GGGGCGGUGGCGGUUGCUGGGCGAGGGGACGGCGCUGGCUCGUCGGUGCCGCGGCGGCCGCGCGCGCGGGGAGGUUGAGGUGAGCGCGGCGCCCCCGCCCGACGGCUCCCGUCGUGGGCAGGAGCCGCUGCCACCGUCGCCAGCCCUGGCCUCGCCUCGCCUCGCCUCGCCUGUGUGCUUCCUGCGGCGGCGGCUGCGCAGCGGGGCGAGGGCCUCCCCCCCGCGUCCGCCGCCUGCUGCGGCGGGAGCAGUAUGAGCGGCAGCGGCGGCGCCGCCCGGAGCGCAGCGGCGAGGGCACGGCUGGCAGCGCGGCUGCUGGCCGCGCUGAGCUGCGUCCUGACGGCGGAGGCCCAGCUCACAGGAGUCCUAGAUGACUGCUUAUGUGACAUAGAGAGUAUCGAUGACUUCAAUACUUUCAAGAUCUUCCCGAAAAUACAGAAACUGCAAGAGCGUGAUUACUUCAGAUAUUACAAGGUCAAUCUAAAGAGACCGUGCCCAUUCUGGGCUGAUGAUGGCCACUGCUCUAUCAAAGAUUGUCAUGUAGAGCCUUGUCCAGAGAGCAAAGUACCUGUUGGGAUUAAAGCUGGGAGCUCUAAUAAAUAUUCAAAAGCAGCAAAUAAUUCCAAAGAAUUGGAAGACUGUGAGCAAGCUAACAAACUAGGAGCAGUUAACAGUACCUUAAGUAACCAAAGUAAGGAGGCUUUCAUUGACUGGGCAAGAUACGAUGAUUCACAGGAUCAUUUUUGUGAACUUGAUGAUGAGAGAUCCCCAGAUGCACAGUAUGUGGAUUUGCUAUUGAAUCCGGAACGUUAUACUGGAUACAAAGGGCCCUCUGCAUGGAGAGUGUGGAACAGCAUCUAUGAAGAAAACUGCUUCAAGCCUCGAUCUGUCUAUCGUCCUUUAAAUCCACUGGCGCCUAGUAGGGGAGGCGAUGAUGGAGAAUCUUUCUACACAUGGCUAGAAGGUCUUUGCCUUGAGAAAAGAGUGUUCUAUAAACUCAUUUCUGGACUUCAUGCUAGCAUCAACUUGCAUCUAUGUGCAAAUUAUCUUCUUGAAGAAACCUGGGGGAAACCUCGCUGGGGACCAAAUGUGAAAGAGUUCACUCGCCGCUUUGACCCUAUUGAAACAAAAGGAGAAGGACCAAGGAGGCUCAAAAACUUAUAUUUUCUAUAUUUGAUAGAGCUGCGUGCUUUGUCAAAGGUUGCACCAUACUUUGAGCGUUCAGUUGUUGACCUUUACACUGGAAAUGGCCAUGAGGAUGCUGAAUCUAAAGCUCUCUUGCUAGAUAUCUUCAGAGAUACAAAAUCCUUUCACAUGCACUUCGAUGAAAAGUCCAUGUUUGCUGGAGAUAAAAAGGGAGCCAAGUCAUUAAAGGAAGAGUUUAGACUGCAUUUCAAGAACAUAUCCCGCAUAAUGGAUUGUGUUGGAUGUGAUAAAUGCAGAUUGUGGGGCAAACUGCAGACUCAAGGCUUAGGAACUGCUCUGAAGAUUUUAUUUUCUGAAAAAGAAAUACAGAGCCUUCCUGAGAAUAGUCCAUCAAAAGGUUUUCAACUCACACGUCAAGAAAUAGUUGCUCUUGUAAAUGCCUUUGGAAGACUUUCCACAAGUAUAAAAGAACUGCAGAAUUUUAAAGUUUUAUUACAACAAACUAGGUAAUGAAGGCCUUUGCACAACCCAUUAAUGAAGAUCUUUUACAUGAUUGCGUUGAGCAGAAGGAACUGAUCCUUACAGGACUCUUAUGAACUGAUCAAAAGUAAAAUCAAAUACCAACUUGAAUAUUUAUGUUUAAACUAGGAGUGGCUGUUAGAAGAUAUUUAUGAAUGAAGUAUAUAGUUUUUAAGCACAUAAAUUAUGUUGAUCUGUUUGUUUUUAAAGUUCUCUGCUCACAAAUCUGUUGUAUUAUUGAUGCUUUCUAAAUUUUCUUUAUUUUCCUGUCUUUCUUUCAAAGAUAGUUGUUUUAUAUGAAAUUACUGUACCUCCAUCCGGACUUGGCCUUUCCUGUGAGAGAUGGUUCUUUCCUGCCUCCCCGUUGUGCCCAGUACUGAGCUUCAGUAUAUUGAGGCCUGGGUACUCUGAUUCUGGCUGUGUAAAAGAAAAACUGAAAGAGGAAAUAAGGGUCUUGUUGAGUUCUGACUACUUGUAAUUAUGAAGUUUACUUAAAAAUAGGAAAUUUAUUGAGCAGAAAAUAUUAUUUCACACUGAGUUCCUUUGCAUUGUGCUGAUACCAAGAUUUUUUUCCUUAUCUGGUGUUUUUAAAAGGUUCCUUUUCACUUUAAAACAACCACCUUAUCUCUGAUGCAGUGUAGUUGGGGGUAGCUUUUCUGCAGCCCCUUAACUUGGCUUGUGGAGGGGAGGGGGAUGGUUAGUAGCAUGCUGCUAGCAGAAAAGCUUUGCUCAAUCAAGUUUGCAUCUAGUCCCUUUUAUCUUCUUCCAAUUUGUAAUUACAAGUUCAGUUUCCAGAAAUUGUCCUUUUAAUUUUUAACAUGUUAAAAUAGCACAUUUUUUUCUCUUUGAGCAAUGGAAAGAGAUUUUUUUCUUAAUGGUUAUGUUUUAUUGCUAUGUUGAAUGGUUAGUGCAAAAAUGUAAGAACUUGUUUUUAUAGUCACUUUAAAAGAUGCUUUUAAAUAUUCAUAAUCAUACUGACAUUUAAUACUGCAUAUUCUAUCUAUGCAAUCCCUAAUUGUAUCUUCUUUAAAAGCAUAUUCAGCAUAAUAAAGCGGGUAUAUUAAUGAUAUAACUUGCAUAAAAUAAGAAAUUACUUAUUUAUCAUUGUCCACGAAUGUCAGUGAUAUUUUAUCAUUGUCCAAAAUUCAGAAACAGUACUACUGAUUAGAAGCAACUAUAUAUUGGUUUAAAUUUAAAGUGAAGUAAUAUUUUUUUUGAAACAUGUUUAAAAGUGAAGGUAGGAGUUAUGAAUGUAGGAAAUGCUGGUACAGUAUAGAUAUAUUUAUCUUUUGUUUAUAAAAGUAAUAGUCUUCACAGAAUAAAGUGCUCUUAAACUCUUAAAUGUUUUUCACCCAGGCAGAUUUUUAUGACUGUUUAUAUAACUUACUGUAACUGUAUUGGCUUCCAUAUUGUGGUCCUUUACAGUUGAGAUUUUCUGAAAGCUGGAGUGUACUCUGCGUCCUCUGUUCCCAGACUAUCUAGAAACUGCUCGCAUUUCUACCUGACUGGAAGAGACAGACUCUCCUGCUGACACGAUAUGGUAUUGCAGAAGUAUUGUUUCUUGAGAAAGUAAGACCUUGAGCUGAACUGGGGAAAACUAAAUGGGGGAGAAAAAAAAUAAUUAACAAAGUUUUGGUGGUAGUUGCAUAAAUUGGCAGUGAACUGGUAUCCAGUCUUUUGCUCCUGUUUAAACCAGUAGAUAUUUUAACACAGUGUUAGAGAAAGCUAAUGCCAGUGUGGGGAUGAUGUCAUGUUCUUGUGCAGCAGCCUCACUUACCUUUGGGCACCCACAUUUGAGCAGGUCAGCACAGGCCCCCUUCCAAGUUAAUAGAAGAGAGCAGGUGAUUUUUAGGCGGAUUUGUCUGACCUAUUUUGAGGUCUGUGCAAGAUUAGACUUUGAGGUAAUGCUUUUCACCCUGGAGUUUUUCUUCUCAAUUUAAAUUGAAAAGGGAACCUAGAUAACUAGUUCAAAUGUGAGCCACUGGUUUUGGUCAAAUGAACAUCUAACUAUUCUGGGUUAGUGUAUAUAUUGGAAAAGUGUUUUUUAUAUUACUGUAGUGGCUAAAACUUUGGGCAGGAUUUUCUAGUGGGGAGAAAAAAAAUGAUAUAUAUAUUGUCUAUACUGCUCCAGGAAGGACUUGAGUUUUAGAAUUGUUUCUUCCCUUUUUCCUCCAUGCUUUGUGGGGAAAGUGAAUUGCUUCCAACCUUCUUCUGGUGGUGCAGCUUGUUAUUUUUCUUCCACCAGUGCCUGGCUAAAAUUUAUGGACACUGAAGCAGCAUCAUAUACUAGUGUCAUGCACUUGCUCAUGGGACAGGUGAGAAAUUCAGGCAUGCAGAUCCUGGACACCUGCUCCUGUAACCCUUAUUGGCACAAACCUGGCAAGGUUAAUACAGUUGGAUAAGAGCAUAAAGGGAUGAGAAGUUCUUCUUUUCUGUUGUGUUGUGAAAACACAAGAAUGCAAUUCAACAGAAAAUUCUGUGUACAGAGAAGUUCUGUUGCAUUUGAAUGUACAUUUCACUUAGUAUGGAAAGCACUUCAUUGUUAUUGUAAAAAUAUAAAGUAAGAUUUUUUUUAUUGUAAAAAUAAAAAGAUUUUUUCAUGUUAGAAAUACAGUUUAAGCAAUUUUCC